CUCUACCAAAUAGUUGCUCCGCCCAAAACCCAACACCAACCUCUCAAAAUGUCGAAAAUUUCCCGGCCAACAUUUCUCCAAAUCAUACUCUCUCUCCUCAUUUUCAACCUGCAAUUCCAUGGAAACUCACAAACCACCAUGGAUCCAGAGCAAGCAAUCCUACUGAAGCUGAAACAACACUGGUCCAAUCCACCCUCCAUCAAACACUGGACCUCAUCAUCACCAACAAACACAACCUCAAUACACUGUACCUGGCCUGAGAUCGCCUGCGCCGGUGGCUCGGUGACCGGACUCUCACUCCUUGACAAAAACAUCACCGGAACAAUCCCACCAUUCAUUUGCGACCUCCAAAGCUUGACCCUUCUCGAUCUUCAAAAUAAUAACAUCCCCGGACUAUUCCCUACCGUCCUCUACAACUGUUCCAAGCUUCAAACACUUGACCUUUCGCUUAACCGUUUCGUCGGCCCAAUUCCCGGUGAUGUCAACCGGUUAUCCUCUCGGCUCCGGGACCUCAACCUCGCCUACAACAACUUCAACGGCGACAUUCCCGCCUCAAUUGGGCGGUUGUCCGAGCUCAGGACUCUUCAGAUUCACCUGAAUGAGUUUAACGGCACGUUCCCGCAAGAAAUUGGGAACUUGUCAAAUCUUGAAUCGCUAUGGAUGGCAUUCAACGAGUUUUCACCAUCGAUGAUACCUUCGAGUUUUACGGAGUUGAAGAAACUCAAAAGUUUGUGGCUGUCGACGGCGAAUUUGAUCGGAAAAAUCCCAGAGACAAUUGGGAAUUCUACGGCCUUAAAGCUCUUGGACUUGUCGGCAAACCAGUUGACAGGUAACAUUCCUAGUGGUCUGUUUUUGUUAAGGAAUUUGACUACUCUGCAUCUUCAAAGAAACAAAUUGUCUGGUGAAAUUCCCAGAUCAGUUGAAGCUUUGAACUUGGAUAUGAUCGAUUUAUCAGAGAAUGAAUUGAUAGGGACAAUACCAGAUGAUUUCGGAAAACUGACAAAGCUGCAAGGUUUGGCUCUGUUUUCCAAUCAACUUUCCGGCGAAGUCCCAGAGAGCAUUGGCCGCCUUCCGGCGUUGCAAGUUAUUCAGUGCUUCAGUAACUAUCUGUCAGGGGAAUUGCCACCGGAUUUUGGGAUAUACUCAAUGCUCAGAGAAUUUCAAGUGGCAUCCAAUGGGUUUAUAGGCCGACUGCCUGAGAAUUUAUGCGCUAAUGGAGUGUUGAUACGUGUCACAGCAUCGGACAACUAUCUGACCGGUGAAUUGCCAAGUUCACUUGGGAAUUGCAGCAGCUUGUUAUCUGUUAGGGUGCAUGGUAAUCGACUUUCCGGCAACAUUCCGGCAGGUUUGUGGACAUCAUUCAAUUUGACAACUUUGAUGAUAAGCGACAAUAUGUUCACCGGUCAUCUUCCUGUGAAAUUGGCAACAAACUUACUGCUGCUUGAGAUCAGUAACAACCUGUUUUCGGGUGAAAUUCCGUGGAAUGGGAUUUCAUCGUGGAGGAAUUUGAUGGUGUUCGAUGCAAGCAACAACCUCUUUAACGGUACAAUUCCACAAGAGUUAACAUCUCUCCCCCUUUUGACCACCCUUUUGCUUGAUAGGAAUCACUUUUCUGGGAAUUUGCCUUUAAAAAUAAAGUCAUGGAAUUCACUAACGACUUUAAAUCUGAGCGGAAACAGACUAUCUGGGCAAAUUCCAGCUGCUAUUGGUUUUUUGCCUGCCCUUACUCAUUUGGACUUGUCGGAAAACGAAUUGUCGGGUCAAAUUCCACCUGAAAUUGGUCUUUUAAGGCUAAAUUCACUCAACCUCUCUUCGAAUAGUCUCACUGGGAGAAUCCCUGUUGAAUAUGAGAAUGCAGUUUUCAAUAGCAGCUUCCUAGACAAUCCUGGUCUUUGUGCAACUAACCCAUUACUAGGUCUUGAUGUUUGCUCAUCCAGCAACCGAAAAUCUAGAAAUUUAUUCUUCCUGCUUUUGGCUAUCUUUGUACCAAUAGCAAUAGCUCUGUUCGUGUUAGCUAUUAUGUUUGCAUUCCAUCUGAUCAAAAAUCGACCAAAGAGAAAUGUUGGAUCGGAUUUGAAGUGGACCGUUUCUUCAUUUCAGAAGUUGAACUUCACAGAGUUGGAAAUUUUGUCCUGCUUGAGUGAAGAUAACAUUAUAGGAAGGGGUGGUUCGGGGGAAGUGUACCGUGUUGCUGUAAAUGGCUCACCCCUUGCUGUUAAGAGGAUUUGGAACAACAGAAAUUCGGACCGGAAUAUCGUGAACCAAUUCCUUGCAGAAGCAGAAAUACUAGGCAGAAUUCACCACUCCAACAUUGUGAAAUUGUGGUGCUAUAUGUCAAAUGAGGCCUCGAAACUUCUUGUUUACGAAUAUCUGGAAAAUGGUAGUUUGUAUGAAUGGCUCCAUGAAAGCAAGAGGCAGCCAAGUGUAUCAGGUUCUUCAGUCCAUCGUGGUGUACUGGACUGGCCCACAAGGUUCAAGAUUGCAGUUGGAGCAGCCCGGGGGCUGUGCUACAUGCACCAUGACUGCUCACGACCUAUUGUCCAUCGCGACAUGAAGUCAAGCAACAUCUUGUUAGAUACCAAAUUCAAUGCCAAAAUAGCAGAUUUUGGCUUGGCCAUGACAAAGCACGCCGAGACAAAGACAAUGUCAUUUGUGGCUGGCUCAUUUGGGUACAUUGCUCCAGAGUAUUUUGAAACCAAAAGAGCCAACGAGAAGAUUGAUGUGUUUGGCUACGGGGUGGUGCUUCUGGAAUUGGCUACUGGGAGGAAAGCCCCUGAUGGAGGCGAAUAUGCUGGCCUAGCCGCAUGGGCACAUCUUCACAUGCGCGACGGCAAACCCAUAGAAGAUGCAUUGGAUGUGAAAAUUAAAGAAGCUUGUUACUUGGACGAAAUGACGGAUGUGUUCAAGCUAGGGAUCGAUUGCACUGACCAGGUUCCUUCCAAUAGGCCCGCCAUGGACAGGGUUCUGCAAACUCUCCAAGGUAUGAAUGUUCAGGAUGAAUAA